AUGACCCCAUCGCCCAUAACCCACCACCCACCCACCCACCAUCACCACCUCCGUUUCGUUUCACCUGCAUCACCUCCAGCACCAGCAUCUUCAUUCGUGCCAGCUUCCACUUCUGCUUCGCCUCGAAUCGCCCCUCAGCCACAACCACCAUCGCCAUUCAAGCACCGCCCCGAAACAAUCUCAACCCACCCCUCCCAGAUCGGCUACCUGACGACAUCGUCCCCCAUCAUACAAGCUACCCAUAUUCCAGAGCCCCAGGGCCUGGACCAGACAGUGCCCGACCUGGCGUCCCGAUCCUCCACCGCACCCCUUUCCAAACGCACAGAGUCGGUCGAAUCCGACUCUCGAUCCAGUCUGUCUGCUCGCAGUAAGACUGGACUAGGCUUGCAGCCGCCCCAAAAAGACACCAAGCGAUCGCCCUCCCCAGUCGGCAAGAAGCUCGCCAACGUCUUUCGCUCCAAAAAGUCCAACUUGUCCCUGGCCGGCAGUGCCGCCAGUCCUGGUGGCAGCGCCAACCCGAGUCCCAGCACCAGUCCCGAGAGGAAGCCUGCGAGCCUUGCCGAGGACGACGACAAGAACCGGAGCCUGCCAAGCCUGUUGAACUCGCAAUCGCAAUCCGAUCUGUCCAACCCCACGGAGCCAGAUGCCGACAGCAUAGCAACAACUGCUUCCGCCGCUUCCUCUCGCCCUAACGAACGCAAAUCUCGCUCCCGCGCCUCGACGCUCUCGAACCGCAUCUCUAUCGUUGUACCGGCACCGACUACUCCGCCAAACGAGAAGACCGGUCCAAUCAUUGUCAACACCCCGCCUACGCCGACCGACCCGAACCAGAACGGUCAGCACUCGCCGUCGCCCACGAAACAGAGCGCAGAUGCUUCCAACGGUCCUACUCCUUGGGGCAAUCUGAUCACACAUCGCAGGAGCAGGUCGGGCUCUGCUGGUCCUAGCAAACUGUCAAACACCACAUUUGUACCUCUGACGCCCACACCCGAGAGCCCUUCAGCCACAACAACGUCAAACUCGAACGGUUUCUUCUCGUCUAUGCUCUCAGCUGCACAGAACGCUGCCAACCAGUUCAGUAACACUCUACAAAACAACACCAGUGGCCAGACGCCACCGAAGAGUAGCAACCUGAAGGCGAACCAGACCGACCUCCCGGAAGAAGACCAAGUCCAAGUCGAACCGCCGCUUUCUCCCUCCAGAAACGCCAACAUGGACAAGGAGCCCGCCGUUAAGACGCUCGGCGACGGCGAGUUGACGCUGAACCAGCUUGGCAUUGUCGACCCUCCGAGCAUCUCAGGCACUCCCAUGACGGCCAAAUUUCCCGAGUCGGUCAGAUCCGAGACCCGCGCGAGAUCGGAAUCAGCGCCAGCCGCUGACACUUCCUCGGCCGCAAGCCAUGAGUACGGUUCUGAUGACGCUCGCCCCGCGCAGAACAACGCGCCACGCUCACUCUAUGAGAAUGGAGGCCUGGGCGACCGCACACCGCCGCCUGCCAGCCUCUACGAGGACAAGUCAGCCAUAACUCGCAGCGGCAGCGUCCGGAGCGCCCUGGGCCGCCGCCGCCACCGAGGAAGCUCGACCGCAACAAGAGGGACCGGGACAACCAUCGGCGCAGCCAUCGCUGCAGCCAACUCUUCUCUCGGCAAUCCGGCAGCUAACACCAGCCAGCAGAGGCUCACGGGCUUCGCCGUCUCGAGCAAGAAACGAAACAGGGACUUCCAUGCGCUGUUCAAGAGCGUGCCAGACGACGACUAUCUCAUCGAAGAUUAUAGCUGUGCGCUGCAGCGGGAGAUUCUGGCUCACGGCCGUCUAUACGUGUCCGAAGGGCACCUCUGCUUCAGCAGCAACAUCCUGGGCUGGUCGACUACUCUGGUUAUGAGCUUCGACGAGAUAGUGUCCGUCGAGAAGAGAAGCACGGCGCUCGUUUUCAAGAAUGGACUCAUGAUCUCGACAUUACACGCCAAGCACAUUUUCGCAAGCUUCACCAGCAGAGACUCAACCUACGAUCUCAUCGUCAACAUUUGGAAACUGGGGCAUCCUACACUCAGGAGUUCACUGAACGGAGUGCAGCUCGAGGGGACGGGAGGCGACAAAACGGAAAAGGUUGAUGUUGGCGAUGAGGGUUCCCAAAUCGAGGGGGCUCACGACCAGUUGGACGACCAGAGCAUGUCUGGUUCGGAUGACGAGAGCGAAGAUGGUGAUGACAUCUACGAUGAAGAUGAUGAAGAGGACAUGGUCGAGCCAUCGCAGCCCCAAGAACCUGGAGCCGAGUCGGACCACGAUAAGGUCAUUGGACGGAAGGCCUCUGGUGCGACGGUGCUUAACGGCGCACCUUCCGAUCUCGUCAAUACUGUCGGUCCACCCAUUCCCGCCGACGACUUCCCGGGUCCUGCGACCCAUGCCCCUACCGAGUGCGGUGACGCGGCAUCUCACUACGAAAAGAUCGUGGGAGACGACGUUGUUCCCGCCCCUCUGGGCAAAGUGUACAAUCUUUUGUUUGGGCCUGCGUCAGUCACUUUCAUGUCCAAGUGGCUUGUCAACGAGGCCAAGUGUUGGGAUCUCCAAAUGGAGGACAGAAAGGGGUUGAGCUCGGACAACAUGACGCGGACCUACUCCUACAUGAAGCCACUUGGCGGCUCCAUCGGCCCGAGCAAGACCAAGUGCAUCGUGUCCGAGUCGAUUGACCACAUUGAUUUGGAAAAAGCAGUCAACAUUACCUGCUCGACCCAAACCCCGGAUGUGCCCAGUGGAAAUGCCUUCAUUGUCAAGACGAAGUACUGCCUGUCUUGGGCCGAGAACAACUCAACCAGGGUCCAGGUCAACUGCACCCUGGAGUGGACCGGCAAGAGUUGGCUCAAAGGCCCCAUCACGAGCGGCGCCAAUGAGGGCCAAACAACCUAUGUCAGCGACCUCUUGGCGAGCAUCAAGGCUGCCGUGUCCUCGAGGCCGCGAUCCGGGACCGGCAACAUAGGCUCCGGGAAGAAGAAGAAGGGCCGCAAGAACCGCAACCUACAGUCGGGUGCAGGGGGCGAGGACAAGAGCCAUGCCAAGAGCGCACCCCCCGAGACCUGGGGAAUGCUGGAGCCGCUGCGCCCCAUACUAGGUCCGAUCACCGACUUGCUGAAGCCACUCAUGACGGGCAAUGUGACGUACGGUCUCCUCGUCGGCCUGCUUGUGGCGGCAUGGUUCGGAUUCCCUGGCCAGGGCGCGCGGCGCGAAGUCGGGUUCUACGGAUAUCCUGACAGGGCGGCCGCGUACGAGGAAAUAUGGCGCCGGGAAGAGACAGAGUUGUGGGACUGGCUCGAAGAACGCGUAGGGCUCGAGCGAUUGCAUGACGGGUCAAUGCCGACGCGCAAGCGGGCGAUCGAGCCGCGGACAGUGGAGGAAAAGAUACGUGAGGAGCGCAUGGACGAACGCGAGAUCCAGGAGGCGAUCCGUGUGACAGAGGAAAAGCUCCAGGUGCUCAAGGGCGUUGUUGGGAAGCAGAGAACCGGCGAGGAGAUACCCUUGGAAGACAAGAAAAGAUAG